UACGAAACGUACAAAGUUUUUUGUAGGUGUUUUUUUUGUUGGUUUCGUUAGUGAUCCUUUUCGACUGUAUGAUCCAUUUUAGUCGUAAUCAGUCGACCGAUUGGAAAAGUUCACUUUUUUCUUAUUUCAUCGUUCAACUAAUAUUAUAUUUCACUGUGUGUGAAAGAAAAAUUCUGUGCUUGAUAUAAAAACAAAGUCAAAGUGAAAAAUAAAAUAGUGAAUAAAAACUUGGUGCGAAAUUUUUGUUCUUUCAACGUGAUCAGUGUUUAUUUUUCGUAGAUUGAAAAAUAGACAAAAAAAAAACAAUGUCACCAACUCCAAAAACUUCACCAAGUAUGUUUGCUCCAAAGUUGCUUUCGCGUACGCAUGCAGCUACACCGGGUGAUGAAAUUGUUAUAAGUGGAAUAAGUGGUAAAUUUCCGAACUCCGAUAGUAUCGAAGAUUUUGCGCAUAAUUUGUACAAUAAGGUUGAUAUGGUUGAUGAUGAAGAGCUUCGCUGGCGCCAUUUCAAUGUCGAAAUCCCAAAACGUAUGGGAAAAAUAUCUGGAUUGGAGAAAUUCGAUGCAACAUUCUUUGGUGUCCACUUCAAGCAGGCACAUACCAUGGAUCCACAAUGCCGCUUGCUUAUUGAGCGUGCAUAUGAAGCUGUGUUGGACGCUGGAAUUAAUCCGAAAACUUUGCGAGGCUCAAGAACUGGUGUAUUUGUUGGUGCUUGUUUCUCUGAGUCGGAGAAAACUUGGUUUUAUGAGAAAAUUUCAAGCAGUGGUUUUGGUAUAACGGGUUGUAGUCGUGCUAUGUUAGCAAAUCGUAUUUCAUACUCAUUGGGAUUGACUGGUCCAUCAUACUUGUUGGACACAGCUUGCUCGAGUUCCAUGUAUGCAUUGGACUGUGCAUUCAGCGCAAUGCGGAAUGGUGAAUGUGAUUCCGCUUUGGUGGGUGGAUCGAAUUUAAUUCUGCAUCCUUAUGUUUCAUUACAAUUUGCAAAAUUGGGUGUACUUGCUCCAGAUGGUUACUGUCGGCCAUUCGAUAUUGAUGCCACUGGCUAUACACGUAGCGAAGCGGUUUGCAUGAUUUUAUUGCAAAAAGCCCGAGAUGCAAAACGAAUUUACUCAACGGUCUUGUAUUCAAAAACAAAUUGCGACGGUUAUAAACAGGAAGGUAUAACUUAUCCGAGUGGUGCCAUGCAACAGAAAUUGUUGUCAGAGUUUUAUGAUGAAAUUAAAAUCGAUCCAUCAUCACUGGCUUAUGUUGAAGCGCACUCGACGGGUACAGUUGUUGGAGAUCCUGAAGAAUGCCAGGCAUUGGACAAUAUUUUCUGUAAGAAUCGAAACAAGCCAUUGCCGGUUGGUUCAGUAAAAUCAAACAUCGGACAUUCAGAGUCCACAGCUGGUGCCUGUAGUAUCGCCAAAGUGAUAUUGGCUUUUGAGACCGGAUUGAUUGGACCAAAUAUCAAUAUUACAAAAAUUCGUCCAGGAAUUCCAAGUCUUGAAGAAGGACGUCUCAGUGUUUGCACUGAUGUCACGAAGCUUGAAGGAGAUUUGGUUGGUGUGAAUGCAUUCGGUUUCGGUGGGGCAAAUGCUCACUGUUUGCUGCGUCGCCAUUUGAACGAAAAGAAAAACCAUGGUCUACCAGAAGAUUCAUUGCCAAGGCUAGUGCCAUGGUCUGGAAGAACAGAAGAGUCAAUUAAUGUUGUUAUUGAUCGAUUGAAAUCACAGCCACUUGAUAGUGAAUAUAUUGGCCUGUUGCACAACAUUCAAUCCGACGAAAUACCCGGCUAUAUAUUCCGUGGGUAUGGUUUGUUCCGGCCAUCUGCCGACGGUCGAACCACCGACGUAAUUGCACACGAAAUUCAACAUUACAACGGUUUAAAAAGACCGAUCGUAUGGGUGUUUAGCGGUAUGGGAGGCCAGUGGACGAAAAUGGGUUCGGCAUUGAUGGAAAUUCCAAUGUUUAAAAACAGCAUUGAAAAUUGCCAUAAAAUUCUUAAGCCAUAUGGCUUAGAUUUGAUAUCGAUCAUUACCGCAAACGAUGCGGCCAUGUUUGAUAAUAUUCUUCAUUCGUUUGUUGGAAUUGCUGCCAUUCAGAUUGCUUUGUGUGAUAUUUUGAAGGCGCUCGAUAUUCCAGCCGACUAUUUUAUUGGUCAUUCUGUAGGAGAAUUGGGUUGUGCUUAUGCAGAUGGUUGUUUUACAGCCGAACAAAUGAUAUUAGCGGCCUAUUCUCGUGGAAUGGCCUCAUUGGAAACGAAAAAAAUUCGUGGAUCUAUGGCUGCGAUCGGUAUGAGUUUUAAUCAAAUUCGAUACAAAGUACCCGAUAAGAUUGAUGUGGCAUGUCACAAUGGACCUGAUUCUUGUACCGUUUCUGGGCCUGAUACCGAAAUCGCUCAAUUUGUCGCUGAACUUAAAUCGCAAGGCAUUUUCGCAAAAGAAGUUCAAUGUUCGAACAUUGCAUACCAUUCGCGAUACAUCGCUGACAUGGGUCCAAAUCUACUGGCACGUUUAUCAAAAGUUAUUCCUGAACCGAAACGUCGCUCUUCAAAAUGGUUGAGUUCGAGUGUACCAAAAAGUCGUUGGGACAAUGAAGAAAGUCAAUGGAGUUCAGCCCACUAUCAUACCAAUAAUUUGCUCAGCUCGGUUUUGUUUGAAGAAGCAUCGCGACAUUUACCACCAAAUGCCCUCACAAUCGAAGUUGCUCCACAUGGUCUACUCCAAGCGAUUUUGAAAAAAUCACUUCCUGGUGCUGUUCAUAUUUCACUGGCCAAGCGUGGCAAUAACGACAACGUUUCGUUCUUUAUGCAAGCACUCGGAAAAAUCUAUUCAAACGGUUACACUGUUCCCGUUCAACGUUUAUAUCCGCCAGUUCAAUUCCCUGUAUCGCGGGGUACGGGAAUGAUUUCGCCAUUAGUAAAAUGGGAACAUGGAGAUGAUUGGUUUGUAACUAAAUUCGAAUUACAACGAUCAACUCGUAGCGGUGAACGAAAGGUUAAAGUCACUCUAAGUGACCAAGACUAUGAUUUUGCUGGACACACAAUUGAUGGUCGAGUUUUGUUCCCUGCUACUGCAUACUUACAGUUGGUAUGGGAAACUUUGGCACUGAUGAAAGGACCAAUCUAUUUUGAUAUGAACGUCGAAUUUGAGGAUAUUCGCUUCUUACGUGCCACUGCAAUGAACAAGGGCCAAGUUAUUGAACUAAACAUUAUGGUCCAUACGGGGACCGGCCAAUUUGAAAUUACAGAAAAUUCAACGGCUGUUGUAACGGGACGCAUCGUUGAAGUUGAAAAAAUGGGACCACUAACAAAACUACCACCACUUCCGCCAAGCAAAUUCCCAAUUAUGCAAGAACGUGAUUUCUAUAAAGAGCUACGAUUGAGAGGAUAUCAUUAUUCGGGCCCAUUCCGUUCAGUUAUAGAAGCGCGUGGAGACGGUCUUUACGGUAAAGUUAAAUGGGAUCUCAAUUGGAUUUCAUUCAUGGAUUGUCUGCUACAAAUCAAUAUUCUCGCAAAAGAUUCUCGUUCCCUGCUAUUACCAACAAGAAUUCAAAAAUUACGCAUUAAUGCCAAAGAGCACAUGUCUCAAUCUGCAAAAUUGGAUGCAGAAAAUCCGUUCUUCGAAGUGUUUGUGUGUCCUGAAUUGGGCAUUUUGCGUUGUGGUGGAAUUGAAAUCUUUGGAAUGCACACCAACAAUGUUUCACGUCGUAAGGCACCUGGUUAUCCUGUUUUAGAGACAUACAAAUAUAUACCGUACAUUUCGUCGCCAAUUCUGCGUAAAGCCGAUGCCGUACGUUGUCACACACAACUUAUUUUGGAAAACAUGCCAAUGUUACGUAUUAAAGGUGUUGAAGUGGACUACGAUAAUAGUGUAACACCUCUUUUACCAGAAUUUGAAAUCGCUCUCGGUGAUUUACCAUUGGUGACGUCCGAUUUGAUGGUGUUAACUGGUCAAGAUUUGAGUUUGGGUAAAAUUCACGUUGAAGAUGGUAAACUGUCAACGCAAACAAACUGUCUGUUAAUCGUGAGCAAAAAUUGCUUCGAUCGCAUUGAUUUUGUCGAAGGUGCUGUUAAGAGUCUUCACGAACGUGGAUACAUUGUGUCACGUGAAUCUGCUAAUUUUACUGCUGCUGAAGCUGCACAAAAAUGUCCAUCCGAUUUCAAUGUUAUUUCAAUGAUUCAAACCGACGACAAUGAACAAUUGGUACUUUUACAACGUACAGUCAAACGUAAGCUUUUGAGCGAUCAAGUUGUCAUCAAUAUUUCCAAUACAAACGAUACCACAACUGCUGACAGCUAUGUUUGGUUGGAUAAAUUGAAGCAAGCCAUUAAACAAACUAAAGGCACGGUUAUUGUUGUUGCUCAAAACAAUUCGAGAUCGGGUAUCGUUGGCAUGGUCAAUUGUGUUCGUAAGGAACCCGAUGGACAUAAGGUUGUAUGCGUUUUUAUUGAUGACGAACAUGCGCCAGCAUUUGAUUUAAAAUUGCCGUUCUAUCAAGAACAACUUAAAUUUGGUCUUGCCAUCAAUGUUCUUCGAAAUGGUACAUGGGGAAGCUUGAGACAUUUGGAAUUGUUACAAGAUGUAAAAUGUAUUCCACGCAAUGAUCAUUGCUAUGGUAAUGUAUUGCAACGCGGUGAUUUGUCAACACUAUCAUGGCUUGAGGGACCAAUUGAUGCUCGAAAAGAGCAUGAUGUUGUUAAAGUUCAAUAUUCAUCAAUAAAUUUCCGUGAUGUAAUGUUGGCAACAGGUCGUUUAUCUGCCGAAGUCGUUGGAACGAAUCGUUUGGAUCAAGAAUGUAUUUUGGGCUUUGAAUUUUCCGGUAUCAAUAAGAAAGGUGAACGAGUUAUGGGUACCAUCAUAUCCGGAGCCAUGGCCACUUUACUCAUACCAAAUGAAUUCUUAACAUGGAAAGUUCCCGAUCACUGGACAUUACGCGAAGCAGCUACCGUACCUGUCGUUUAUAUGACCAUUUAUUGUGCAUUUUUCAUGUAUAAUCCGAUUAGAAAGGGGAAGAAAAUUUUAAUCCAUGCAGGAAGUGGCGGCAUCGGUUUAGCAGCCAUUCGAGUUGCGUUGGCCUAUGGAUUGGAAGUGUUUACGACUGUUUCAACGUCAGCAAAGAAAAAAUUCAUCAUGGAUACAUUCCCACAGCUGAAAGAGGAAAAUAUUGGAAAUUCACGUGAUUGUUCAUUCGAGCAUAUGAUUAAAUUAAGAACAAACGGCAAUGGUGUUGACUUUGUAUUGAAUUCAUUGGCCGAAGAGCAAUUACACGCUUCGAUUAGAUGCUUAGGACGUGGUGGAACAUUUUUAGAAAUUGGCAAAUUUGAUUUGGCCAAUGAUUCAAAAAUUGGUCUUGGUCCAUUCUUGAAAGAAAUUACAUUCCGAUCUGUGCUUGUGGACAAUCUUUUUUCGGCCGAAGAAAAUGAUAAAGUUCAGGUGUACGAAUUGGUUGAAAAAGAUUUACGUCGCGGUGUUAUUCAGCCACUUCAUUCGACCGUAUUUGAAGUGAGCGAAAUUGAAAAGGCUUAUCGGUAUUUGAGUACCGGUAAACAUGUUGGCAAGGUCAUUUUGAAAAUUCGUGAAAAUCAAUACGAUGAACUGACUGUGCCAAUUGCGGCCAUUCCACAAGUUUAUUGUGACUCAAAUGCUGUUUAUAUCAUACCGGGUGGCCUGGGCGGUUUUGGCCUAGAACUUGCCGACUGGUUAAUUAUUCGUGGAGCACGAAAAUUGGUUCUAAGCUCAAGCAGAGGCAUCACAAAAAGCUAUCAAUCAUAUCGCAUCAAAAUAUGGGAAAUGUAUGGAACUCAAGUGGUUGUUAGCACAGAUAACAUUACAACACGAGCUGGUUGCGAAAAACUCUUUAAAACAGCACUUCAACUGGGACCGAUUGGUGGUAUUUUCAAUUUGGCUGUCGUUUUGCGUGAUAGCAUUUUGGAGAAUCAAAGUGUUGAGAAAUUCGUUGAGUGUAUGCUACCGAAAGCAACAGCCACUGAAUAUUUGGAUGAAUUCUCUCGUAAAUUAGCGCCACAGUUGAAGCACUUUGUUGUUUUUUCUUCAGUGUCUUGUGGCAGAGGCAAUGCCGGUCAAACAAAUUAUGGUAUGGCAAACAGUGUAAUGGAACGCAUUGUUGAGAUGCGCCAUAGAGAUGGAUUACCGGCGAAAGCUGUUCAAUGGGGUGCCGUUGGCGAAGUUGGUUUGGUUGCUGACAUGGCAGAAGAUAAAAUUGAUAUGGAAAUUGGUGGAACAUUACAGCAACGUAUAAGCAGUUGUUUGGCUGAAUUGGAUGUAUUAUUAACAACUGAAAAUGAGCCGAUUGUAUCGAGUAUGGUUGUGGCUGAAAAACGUGCCGGUUCUGAUGGCAAAACCAAUCUCAUUGAAAGUGUAUUAAAUAUCAUGGGUAUUCGCGAUAUGAAAACCGUUUCCAGCACAGCCACACUAUCCGAGGUUGGUAUGGACAGUUUGAUGGCGGUUGAAAUUAAACAAACUUUGGAACGUGAAUUUGAAAUCUUCUUGACACCACAAGAUUUGAGAUCGCUUACAUUCUCGCGAUUACAAGAAUAUGCCGAUGCUCGUUUGGCCAAAGAUGGACAAGAAAAUGUGAAAUUGAAGUUGGCCAGUGAAGAUCGUGUCGUUGGUGUCCAAUUGAUGCUUCGUAAUUUGGGCGAUGAAAAAACAUCAAAAGAAACGUUGCUUCGCCUCAAUUCAAAGAAUAACAGCGAAAAAUUCAGUGCCAGUGUGUUGAUAAUACCCGGCAUAGAAGGUGUAUCGAGUAUUGCAUGGAAAAAUAUUGCGGCUGAAUUGAAUUUACCGUCAUUUGUUUUGCAAUUGACACAACAAGUCAAUACCAAUUCAAUAGCAGACAUUGCAACCGCACUGUACGAUGAUGUAAAAUCGAAAGUGUUUAAAAAACAAGAGUUCUUCUAUUUGGUUGGUUAUUCAUUUGGUUCGUUUAUUACAUUGGAACUAGCACGAUUACUUGAAGAAAAUGGUAUGAAAGGACACAUUCUUCUAAUCGAUGGUGCACCGAACUUCUUGAAGCAAUUGGUAGAUGCAACAUUGGGACAAAAUCAAACUAUCAGUGAUGUUGCAAUUCAAAUGAUGUUAAUAGCAGUUAUAUGUCAAACGGUAUUCCCAAAUGAUAAUCCCGAUGAAAUCUACAUGACAUUGGCCGAAUUGAAAACAUGGCCGGAGAAAAUCAAUCGUUUGAUUGAAUUUGGAAUUAAGGCAAAUGUUGAAUAUUCCGAACAAUAUUUGCGUGAUAUUCUCGAUGCACUAUUCAAUCGCUUGAAAUUGGUUGCCAACUACAAGCAAGGCAAGUGUAAUAAAAUCAAAUCAAACAUCACAUUGGUACGACCUACUGAGGUAGCCGUUGUGGAUAUUGACGAAGAUUAUGAAUUAUCAAAACAUACAGAGGGUGCGAUCAAUUUGAAAUUCAUUGAAGGCAAUCACACAACAAUGUUAGAUAAUGAAAAACUCCCAAUAAUAAUCAACGAUUCAGAUCCAAAUAUGCAAUCCGACCGAGACUUUAGCUCCUACAUUUGGUCCGGCAAGAAUACAUAAGCUUAUAGACAAUCAAUAUCAACAUCAUAUGAACUACUUCGAUUACGACUACCACAAAUACUGGAUCUCGAUUUUACACCUAUAUAGAAAAAUAAAAACACCACAACUGACCGCAUGAUACUAGAUGUUUGGAAAACGGUUAAUUUGGAUCCCAUAACAUUUCACAAUACAUGUAUCUUUAUUAGCUUUUAAUAGAAUGAAGGAUUCUUUUUUUAGGAUUGUUAUUUAUAAAUAAAAUUAGUUUUGAAUUGAAGAAAAAUAGCUGA